AUGGCCAAGCGCCUUCUGGUGGCUGUAGCUCUCUGGGCUCUGGGGGGCCCCGCUGGGCUCCACCAUCUUUACCUGGGCCGGGAUAACCAUGCCCUCUUGUGGCUGCUGACGGUGGGGGGCUUUGGAGUCGGGUGGCUGUGGGAGCUGUGGCUGCUGCCUGGCUGGGUGGCACAGGCCAACGGUACCUCAGAAGUUCACAGAGAUGAAUGCCCACCUGUGAGCCCCGUCCGCUUCCUUGGCCAGGCCUUGGUGGGCAUCUACUUUGGAUUGGUGGCCCUCAUCGGUCUCUCAACCCUUCCCGGUUUCUACUUAUUGGCGCUGCCACUGGCUGUGGGCCUCGGAGUUCACUUGGUGUCUGAAGUGGGUGACCAAUCCUCAGACCUUCAAGGGACUUUGACGGCUGCCUUCGUAACCGCGCCCAUCUUCUACGGCCGUUCUGUGGCCGUCUUGCCCAUCAGUCUUACAACCAGCGUGGUGGCCCAGCGGCAUCGGCGUUACAAAGCCAUCAGGGGAACCAGCGAGAAGCUUAGCGUCCGGGUGUACCGACUAGGCUUGGCCUACUUGGCUUUCUCGGCACCACUGGCCUACUGUGCCUUCAGUAACACAGCAGCCACAGCCAACUACGUAGCCAGUGCUAUCGGAGCGGCUCUGGAUUGGGUCAGUGUGUUCCCAUCACUGAGCAGCACACUGGAAUCAAUUCUCCUCCUGCCCUACCAUGUCUGGAAAUCUCUGGGCUUUGGCAGUACCUACUUCCAAGAGUGGGAGAAAGUGUUUAUGUUUUUACAGUCUUUCCAAAGCGAAAGGGAGCAGAUGGCGUACAAGACCUUAGGCCUCCACAGCGACGCCACGGUUGACGAAAUCAACAAAAGCUACCGGGAGCUGGUGAAGCACUGGCAUCCGGAUCAUAAUCGGCACCGGGCAGUCGAGGCUGAGAGACAUUUUCUUGAGCUGCAGGGUGCCUAUGAGCUUCUCACACGGAUGAGGAAAUCGAAAGCGGUAUGAUCGGAUGACUUGACUAGUGGACACAAAAAGAUCCAUGUGCAUUCCCCUUUCUUGGCAUAUGCUUCUCACCGGAACGUGGGCCUCCCUAGGAAGACGAGGGGCUUCCUUGGAGGGAUAAUUUUUGCGUAUGCCAAAGUGGUCCAUAGUGUGGACAAUACAUAUGUUGUAGUAAUGGUCUUCUCUCCCACAAGGACGUUCACUGACGGUGCUUUGAUAAGAACUUUGCAGUCAACAGACCCCCUACAAAAUACAAAACACAAAAUCCCGAAUACAAAAUACAAACCGAACAUCAGAUUAGCCCACUCAACUGAAUAAAACGAUAAUAUUCAACCCAUAAAUAUCUGAGCAUUAAAAACCAUCAGUGUCCCAAAAUCCCUGAUUCUUUCUCCUUAACACCUCAGCUGAAGAUUUUGCUUCCACCAAGUUGCUAUGAGUAGAGGCAUAGCUGGGUCAGAGUGCACACGGUGCGUGCUCUGUGUUUCUCGCCCCGCCCCCGCAGCG